GAUCAAUGUAGUGAACAAAAGACGUGUUAUAAGGACGUCUUGCUGGUGACUCACACAACAAAACGUUAUAUAUGAGCAAGGGGGGGGUAGCUUUCUGCACGAAAAUGCAGAUGACCCUAUCACACUGACAGAGUACGACUGCAACCACAAUCCUGGCCGCUAUAGUAGGGGAGGGCAUGAAAAGUACCUGAGAAAUUGCAGGGAAAAUAACAAUAUUAUAAGACCACAAUAUAGAUAACUCACUAAAUUGUUGAAUGAAACCACCUCGCUCCCCUGCCCUGGACAGCAAAGAAUUCUCCACGUAUUUGCGGCAAGCUAGAGCACACGACUACAUGUGGGGCGAACAUGGCGAGAUAUGGCCCAGGAUUUUUUUGUUACGAACAUGAUUGAUAAAGAAAGUAUUCUGAAUAUUUACCCAUUCUAGUAUUAUAUAUCCCCUGUAGCCAAAAAUCAAGACAGAAAUUAGUCAAAUGAAAAUUAUUGUUACUGUAUGUCCAGGAGGCAUUCCACACACAUGUAAUAUAAACAGGAAGCCUCAAAUUCAUGAAGAAACACAGAAAUUGACUAAAGAUGUUAUAUGAUAGGGUGUCUACAAUAACAGAUCAGAAAAUAACAAUGAGUGCAUUUGCCAGCAAGAGUGGCCGGGUGGUACCCCCUCAGUCACCCAGUCAGUCUGGUGUACCUCCAGGAGGCAAUACAGACUUAGCUAGCCUAUUUGAAUGCCCAGUGUGUUUUGAUUAUGUAUUACCACCAAUAUUACAAUGCCAGAGUGGUCACCUUGUCUGUGCCAACUGCCGCCCAAAAUUGACAUGCUGUCCAACCUGUAGAGGACCACUAGGCAAUAUCAGAAAUCUAGCCAUGGAGAAGGUGGCAUCCACAGUCAUGUUUCCUUGUAAGUAUUCCUCGUCAGGCUGCUCAGCAACCCUCCUUCACACAGACAAAACAGAACAUGAGGAUACAUGUGAGUUCCGUCCAUACAUGUGUCCAUGUCCUGGAGCAUCCUGUAAAUGGCAGGGAUCUUUGGAACAAGUUAUGCCACACCUCAUGAGCGUCCACAAAAGUAUCACAACUCUACAAGGUGAGGAUAUAGUUUUCUUAGCAACAGAUAUCAAUUUACCUGGAGCUGUAGAUUGGGUCAUGAUGCAAAGCUGUUUUGGUCACCACUUUAUGUUGGUUUUGGAGAAGCAAGAAAAAUAUGAUGGACAUCAACAAUUCUUUGCAAUAGUUCAACUAAUAGGAUCAAGAAAGCAAGCUGAAAACUUUGCCUACAGAUUGGAGUUAAAUGGACUUCGACGAAGACUAACUUGGGAAGCCACACCACGAUCAAUACACGAAGGUGUGCAGUCAGCCAUCAUGAACUCUGACUGUCUUGUCUUUGACACAUCCAUUGCCCAGUUGUUUGCAGAUAAUGGUAACCUUGGAAUCAAUGUCACAAUAUCCAUGUGCUGAAGGACAUCAACUGGUCUGGAGAAGGUUUUCACCAGCCAAAACUUGAAUGUGCUCAAAGCCUUUGUGGUGGCCAAGAUGCCAAGCAUUACUGAUGGGGAAAGCCUCAUGUCAAGAACGACAGGAUUGGCCCAAGUACAACAGCAUAUUUACAACUGUGUGGAUGUGAAAAAUAACUGUAAAUAGUUUGUUUUUUUCAAGGAAUGAACCAAUAUUUUUUUUCCAUUCAUCACAACUAAUGUAAGUACAUUGUGUUCAUCAAAUCUGCAUUAUUUUAUUUACUUGAGUUACAGUUAUGGUAAUUUUGUAGUGAACAUAUAUAAUGCUUACAUUAUCUACAACUUGGAUGUGUGAGGAAAUGUCAUCAGAUCAUAAAUGUGGACUGAGUAAACUUUCAAAAUGCAAAUUUAGAUGAAAAUAUUAAUGUAUACUGCUAUAACUAUAACAAGAAGCAUCAGUAUUUUUGUAAGUUGGUUAUUACUCACACUUCUUUGAGGAUUGGUGUGUGUUUGGAAAAGAGAUGAUUCUUGUAUUACAACAGAGACUCAUAUCAGUGAUAUAGUAUUAGUGACUCCAGAUCACUUUCCAUAAUUCAGACUUCUCCUGUGGUAGAAAGUCAUGGGAUAACAAACUGAAAGUGUAUGAGUUUAUUAAGGUAAUUAUUUAUUUACUUUUCCCAUGAUGUAUUUUUUGUGGUAAUAAUAGGAAUGCCAUAUGUGAGGGACAAAUAAACAAUAGAACAUC